GCAGCCAGUUAUCAACGGGACGGCAAAGAGAGAGGGAGCAUCUCCCGCUCUCCAUUCGACUUGGACUUGUGUCGUCGCCAACUUGUUGAGUUGUAAAACUUGAGCCGAAAAUUUUUGUAAGCCCUCUAUGUGAUAUAUUUCUGAGAUCAGUUGUCCCUCUCAGUCAAGACGACGUGUAUGAGGAAUCAUAGUGCAUGAAUGGAACCAAUUAGAGUUGUGUUUCAGGACCAAUGCUUCAACAAGUGGUGGUAGUAACUUGAUAAUAAGAAGUAGUAGUUUGUAGUGACCAUCGCGAACAUGGACGGGAGAUAUACACCAAGGCUCCUGCUGUCCUUCCUCCUCCUUUUAAUUACCAGAAACGAUGUUGCCCUGGGCCUCCACAUCACCAAAGUGGUGGUGCCGACUCCCGUAGCUGUGGGGGACGGUGGCUGGUUGGAGUGUGAGUUCGUGGACCAGGGACAGAGCAUCUACUCCCUCAAGUGGUACCUUGGCCUGGAUGAAUUCUACCGCUGGACGCCCGCCGAGAAUCCCCCAAUAAAGACCUUUCACGUGAAGGGCGACCCGCUCACUGUAGACAGGUCGUCGUCACACAAGGGCCGCGUCUGGAUCAAGGACGUCACGCUCGGGGCCGCCGGCGUCUUCCGGUGUGAGGUGUCUGCUGAGGGUCCAGAUUUUCACACCGAGUCAGAAAUUGGCACCAUGACUGUUGUGGAUCUCCCCGAUGAGGAGCCAAGGAUCACAGGUACUCAGGACAGCUACCAGAUGCACGAAGACGUAAUCCUCAACUGCUCUUCGCCCCGUGCACAGCCUCCCGCCUCCCUCUCCUUCUACGUCAACGAUGAACCGGCUGAUCCAUUGUGGUUGACACCCUACCACCCUAAGGAGGACCCGGAGACCGGCUUGGAGACCGCGGUCCUGGGUCUUCGCUUCCCCUUGCGGCCGCGACUACUGCGUCGAGGGGCCGCGAUUGUUAAGUGUACGGCAGCCAUCCUUAACAUCUACUGGGAUAGUACUGAGGUGUUUAUACCGACUGAUGCACCUUUCCACGCCUCUAUAAUGGAAGGGCAAACUGCAAUCGGCCGAGGUUAUCCUGCAGCGGGGUCCAGCCUCCUCACUGUGCUGGUGUUAGCUAUCCUCCUGCUGCUCCUGCCACACUAGAGACCUCCAGCCCUCAGCCCUGUCCACUUGGGUAGGCGACAGGCAGAUGGCAACUUGGAAACAUUGAUCGUUAGCUGUCAAGGAACUCUUCAGCCCAUGUCAUCUUGAGUGGGUGAGGAGCAACAGGGCAGUGUGGAAGCUUGGGUCUUCAGCUGCUGGGAUCUAGUGGGUGAGGGGCGGGAGGGGUCACUGUUGACCUAUGGACCCUCUGUUACUGGGAACUCCUGGCCCAUAUCCCAUAACUGGACACGCUGGGGCCCCAAAAGUUAUAUGAAUGAGUGAACAUUCCUGGGUGUGUUGCUGUACAUGGCAGUAGUGUUUACGUCAAGUGUCAUUUAAAGUAUUUUGAAUUAAUCGAGAAAAUAUCCAUCUGGAAGUUUUGUGUGCAUUAGUGUUAACAUCAUGAAGCAAGGUGCAUUGUUUACCUGCAGACGAGUGUGUUGUGCCGAUAGUCCUUUUUGUCUAUAGUUACUGAAACUCAAAUUCCAGCUGUAACCAGUUUUUAAUUUCUACAGUUUGUUAAAGAAGGAAUUCGUGUCCGCAAGUGUAGGAUCUCCCUCAGGUUCUGCGUGGCCUCUGAAGCAGCAGUCAUCAACACAGUCCUUGGAUGCUUCUAACACAUGCUCUGGGGAUGUGUUAAGUGUCUGGCAUGGAGUGAGUGUGUGUGAGGGAGACCAGGAUGACACAGUGUAAGACGUUCAGUGAUUUUGCUCAUUCUGACGCUACAAGAGUCAAGUCAGUGUAUAUUAUUCUGGCGAAUCCCAGAUCGUAGUCUUAUUUUUACUUAAAACUCGAUCUUCAUUUUGAUAUGCUAUAGUGUAAGGUAAGUGUGUGAUUUACAAAGACUGAUAUAUUCUCUCCCAAAGCUAUUUACUCCUUAUCACGCUUGAGAGUUCUAUUAUAUAUAUAUAUAUAUAUAUAUAUAUAUAUAUAUAUAUAUAUAUAUAUAUAUAUAUAUAUAUAUAUAUAUAUAUAUAUAUAUAUAUAUAUAUCGCCAAAGUUCUGUUGAGAAACCUUGCAUAACAAAAUAAGAGAAAUGUAAAGAAAGUGAAUGUACGUAAAUUUUCAAUAUUAUGUUUUAUACAUGAAUGAAAAUAUUCAGAUAAAUGAUUUUUUUACGGCAAACUUUAUGUAAGUUAUUACUUUUUUGUACAAAUGUGUGUCUAAUUUUUUUCCAAAGAAUAUUAUACCAGAGAAGACAGGUGGCAGAUGAGUGAGUUUGUGGAAGAUUGUUGAGUACAGUAAACCAGGAAGCUGAGUUAGGUCGGGCACUGAUGUGGUAGAUAUUAUUACAACCACAAUUACUGUAUUUAUUGUCUUUGUUAUAAAAAUUCCUCUCUGUGUGAUUCAGUGAAAAUAAUUAAGAGUUUCUUUGUUUAACUCAAUCUAGUCAAAAAAUCUCGACUUGUUCAGUACAACUUACAAUAAAACCAUCUCACACUACAGUCAGUCAAUCACAGUGUAGUGUCGAACUUCAUUCGUGAAUCCGAUUAUAGUCACAACUCAACCAUCUUUUAUAUCCUCACAUCAAACGGACUACCAGAGAUGUCAUUUCCAGAAACUCACUCAGCAGUCAGCAUACAGUAUCAAAAUUAUUAAAAACAUUUACAUAUAAUUUGGGGCUAUGAUCGUUCAUUGUGUGACUCUACUUCAAAGGUGAUUCUGGAACUUCCUUAAUCUAAAAAAAAAGAAGAAGAGUAUUAUCCACAUAAACCAAGACUCGGAGUUGGAUAACAUAGUUCCCUUCCCUAACCAGCUCAUUCAAUCCCCUGUGUUGUUGGGUUUUUUUCGACCCAAGGAAGAUCCAGUGUUUGAGAUUCUUCUUAUUCUCGUGAUUUUCUGGUCAGUUUAGUAUUUCGUUUUCCUUCUGGUCAUUAAUUACUAUGAUGGAGAGAACAAUGAGUUCAAGAUUAACACUCUCUCUCUCUCUCUCUCUCUCUCUCUCUCUCUCUCUCUCUCUCUCAGUACAGUAAAAUUGACUUUGUGGUUCUAGUGAUGAAUGUUACAACCUGCCUAUGUGGUGAUGUGAACGCGAGACUACAUUAUAUUUCCCCUAUCUUAUCAUUAACUUGUACCUUGACGUGAUUAACAGGUAACCAGGUCUUAGUCAUCUUAUGGUGAAAAGUGACAUGACAUACUGUGCUGUGUGUUGACCUGACUUGACCUCUCUCUCUCUCUCUCUCUCUCUCUCUCUCUC